AUGCGGCGCUCGACUGAUGUUCUUCUUCAUCUUGGUGCUGGAUGGAACCUGAUCGAUGAGAUCCUACGCGAAGCUGAAAUCUCACGUCUGCAUAGUGCCGAACUUGCUCAGCCAGCAACCACAGCUAUACAGAUCGCUCUAGUGGAUCUGCUGAGGAGUAUCGGUGUACAUGCAGAUGCUGUCAUUGGACACUCGAGCGGUGAAAUUGCAGCAGCGUACGCGGCAGGUCAUGUCUCGCAAGCCACUGCUCUCCGGAUCGCAUACUGUCGCGGGGUCGCGACCAGCAUGAGGAGUACGAAAGCUCUGCGCAGAGGUGCUAUGCUUGCAGUGGGUCUUGAUGAGGACGAGGUAUCUAUACACACCCGAAAACUCACUAAUGGUAUGGUGUCUGUCGCGUGUGCCAACAGUCCCCAAAAUACAACGGUCUCCGGAGACGAGGAGGCCAUCGAUGAGCUCGCUACAACUCUGAGCAAGUUGGACAUCUUCAACCGCAAGCUACGUGUAGAUGCAGCAUACCAUUCUCAUCAUAUGCGAGAUAUCGUUGAAGACUACAAAGGCCUCAUGGGCUUGCUGGAAACGGAGAUGCCGGCGAACGUGCCAGCUUUCUUCUCAACAGUUCAUGCAGCAGAGAAGGACACUGGAUUCGACUCCAGUUACUGGUGUGACAACUUGGUGUCGAAAGUGAGGUUCAAGGAAGGAAUCCAACUACUUUGUAGCUCUCGAGCCUCGACACGUCAUGUUUUCAUCGAGAUCGGCCCGCACAAUGCGCUAGCCGGUCCGACCCGACAAUGCAUCGCGGAAACAUCAAACCCUGUUAAGUACGACUACACAUCCCCUUUGCGCAGAGGCACAGAUGCCGUGCAAAGCGUUCUCGAGGUCGUCGGUUUGCUGUUCGAGCGCGGAAGGCUAACCGACUUUUCCCUUCUCUCCGUCCUAGAUCCUGCGCAGAAAACUGCCACAGUCCUGCACGAUCUGCCAUCCUAUAGCUGGAAUCAUUCGAAGAAGCACUGGUACGAGUCACGCAUCAGCAGGGAACAUCGCUUCCGUAGACAUCCCUACCACGACCUUGUGGGCCUGCGAAGUUCGGAGGCAACAACCCUUGAGCCAAGAUGGAGACACAUGAUAAGUUUGGCCAGUCUGCCUUGGUUAGCAGACCAUGUGGUCGACGGUGUAACAGUCUUUCCUGGCUCCGGGUAUCUAUGUAUGGCUAUCGAAGCCAUCUCUCAGCUUGCCCAAGAGCAUCUCCCGCGUGGCCAACGAUACCAGGUGGUUCUGCGGGACAUUGAGUUUUUGAAAGCUUUGCUUGUACCCGAAUCGCCUCAAAGAACCGAAGUCCAACUCAGCUUUUCGCCGGUUGCCUCAGGAACUGACAAGAGCAAGGAACUCGCAUAUCAUUUCCGUGUAGCGGCUUACAAUCAUAGCUACUCCUGGGACGAGCAUUGUCGUGGGUAUGUUGAGGUCAAGACAAUCGAAGCUGAGAAGGGCUUAACAGCUCUCAAUGGCUAUGCUCGUGGCAAGAUGCUGGAGUCAGGACAACUAUAUCAGCAACUGAGCGACAACGGCAAUUCCUAUGGACCGAUGUUCAAUGGGAUCGAUCACAUGUCUUUGGAAGAUACUCGUGCACACGCCACUGUGGCUAUUCCUCACGUAGCCGAGGUUAUGCCUGCAAACCAUAUGCAGCCUCACACCAUACAUCCGACCACACUGGACAUUAUUAUGCAUACUAGCUUGCCGCUAGCGUUGCAGAAAUUCGGGCCUGGCUCUAUCAUGCCUAUUCACAUCGGCGAACUCAUCGUGUCUACUAGUAUUGACAACGCACCUGGGUCAAAGAUGUCUGUACACACGAAGCUUGCGUCCGCUGAGGCCAGAACCGCCGAAGUAGGCAUCGAAGCUGUGAACGCUCGCGAUGGAGUGUCCAGCGUCUCAUUCUCUGGGGUGAAGCUGCGGUUCUUGCCUGCUACUGCACCCGUGAAGAGUGAUGUACAGGAGAUCAAGGAAUCCUGCUGGAAUGUGAAGUGGGAUGUUGACGAAAGCCACCUGUCAGCUGACCACUUCAAGCCUGCUGAGCUGGAUGACAAGACAACACCAUCUCUGAACGAAAAGGUGCAGAUUCUGAACCAAGCUACUGCACGCUAUGCCCGAACAUGCAUCGAUGCCGUCAACAGCGGACGACUGCAAAUAACUGAUGAGCAUCGAUUGCUGUUUGGCUGGAUGCAACGCGAGUAUCCCGCCCAGAGAGGAUUUUUAUCCAGAGAACCCACUGGCACAGACAUCGCUCCUGACUUCGACGAGAUGAAGAUCGUUGCACGAACAGGAGAACAGCUGACAGAGAUCGUCUCAGGACAGACAGACGCUCUGCAGCUGGUCACUGAAGAUGGGUUACUCUACGGAUCGUAUCAAGAUCAUUCAUCCGUUCUCUGCUACGAUCUAUUGCGACAGUAUGUUAAGCGUCUAGCUUACAAGAAGUCGAAGUUACGUAUUCUCGAAAUAGGUGGAGGGACUGGUGGAGCUACGCUACCGUUUUUGCAAACUUUGAAAGCCGCUGACUGCCUUCCCGCCACUUACGACUUUACUGAUGUGUCAGCCAAUUUUUUCGAUCGCGCAGCAGCUAAAUUCAAGGACUACCCUAUCGCUUUUCGAAGACUGGACAUUGAGCAAGACCCCUCUCAACAAGGUUUUGAUCUCCAUAGCUACGAUGUGGUUCUCGCCUUCAAUUGCCUUCAUGUCACAUCAAGUAUUCGGACAACUUUGCGACACGCCCGCUCGUUGCUGCGGUCAGAUGGUCGUUUGAUUCUCAUAGAGAUCGUGAAUUCGCAGCCCUAUCACCACAUCUCUUAUGGGACGCUCCCAGGCUACUGGAAGGGUUCUGUGGAUGACCGUCCGAACGGUCCCUUCAUGCCCGUCGAGCAAUGGCGGAAGGCUAUGCAUGACACGAAGCUGAACAUGCAGCUGUGCGUCAAAGACGACGAAAACGCACACAUCUCCAGUCUUAUGGUCGCGAGACCCCAGGAAGACCCAUGUUGGUCUGCCCAAGUACCGAUUCAAAUUGUUCCGGUAGCCGGAGCUCCGAAUGCGGCAACGGAUACCUUGCAAGAAACUCUGCGCGCUCGAGGCUGUAUUGUUUCAACUGGUCAAUUUAGUGACGACACCGUAGAUAGUUCCACGAUCAAGCUUAUCGUCGACAACGGAGACAGCCCAUUCUUGGCUGCACUAACACCGGAAACCUUUCGAAACCUGCAGACCAUGCUCAGGAAACAGAAUCAAAUUAUGUGGGUUACUAUCGGUGCGAACAAAUCGUCUCUCUCGGAUCCGAGGCGACAUCUCAUAACCGGAUUGGCACGGAGUGCACAAGCAGAGAACGACGGUCUCCGUAUGGUGACCGUCGACGUACAACAGUGCUCGAUUCACGAUUCAACAGAGUUACGCCAUAUUUUGUACACAAUCUUGGAGCAAACGUUCCUUCAGCCGACUGCAAACCCUGAACGCGAGUACAUCAUCCGAGAUAACGCGGUCUUGGUGCCAAGGUUGCUUUCUAGUAUUGAGUUGAACAAUUGGAUAACGAAGCCGCCUCAGGCUGUUCAGCAGAUUGACCACGGGUCAGAAGCAAAUGCGACAUUCGUCAUCGCUGGGGGUCUAGGUGACCUCGCCCAAAAACUCUUUACACGUCUGGCAAAGCGUGGAGCGAAGCACUUUGUCUCAAUUUCACGGCGCUCGGUGAAGGCGGAAGCUUACCAAAGACUAUUGAUUAGUCUGCCGAAGGACUGCCAGCUGCAUCACAUACAAUGCGAUAUAGCAAAGGAAGAGGAUGUGAAGACUCUUUUAGCCACGAUGGCCGCACGGGGGUUACCUCCUGUGAGAGGCAUCAUCCAAUCUGCACAUACGCUGCAGGACCGAAGCAUCGACUCCAUGACCCUGGAGGACUUCAACAGUCCGCUCGCGCCGAAACUGAAAGGUACGCUUAACCUCCAAAAAGCAUUUGCUUCACCAGAACUCGGCUUCUUCAUCAUGCUCUCUUCAGCCGCCAACAUCGUCGGAACCCGCGGCCAAGCAAAUUACAACGCCGGAAACGCUGUGCAAGACGCACUUGCUCAAGCGCAGUCUCUUACUUCAAACAAAACACACUAUCUCUCUUUCAGCCCUAGCAUGGUCGAAGGAACUGGCGCAGUCCAAAACACAGAGAUCCGCAAAGUACUGCAGCGGUCCGGAUUAGACGUGGUGAAUGAAGUCGAUAUCGAUGCCAUAUUUGAAUACAUUCUAAGUGCGACGGCGAGGAAAGAUCGUUUAGCACACAUCACUGCGGGAAUUGACGCAAAUUCGAUUGCGCAAGCGACAACCGUAAAUGGGACCAUUCGGUCCCCAUUCUUUACACACGUGCAAGUGGCCGAGGCUUCGGGUACAGCAGCGGUCCAACCGUCCGUCCCUUCUCAAGAAAAAAAGAUCGACGCAUUCAACAUCACGUCAGCCAGUCCCGAAGAAGCCCUCGCAUACACCACCGCUGCGGUCGCAAAAAAGCUUUCCGCUCUGGCGUACGUCGACUCCGAAACCAUGGAUCUGGAGAAACCGAUCGCAGACUUUGGGCUGGACAGUCUAAUUGCGAUUGAGCUGCGCAACUGGAUAAGGCGCGACUUCAAGGCUUCGCUACAGAGCUUGGAGAUCUUGAACGAGCAGGGCGUCAAGGCUCUAGCAAAGAAGAUUCUUUCGCGUGCAGCUGGGGUAAAGAUUAGUGGGACGGCGACGCCAUGA